AAUAACACACCUAUCAUAAGCCGAGGACUGAAAGUGUCAAAACGGAUAAAUGUUUGAUGUGAAGCCCUGGUGGCAGCACUUGAGGAGCCCGGGCGGGCAUACGUAGAGAAGACUGAGACUUUCAGUCAGUGACGUUGGGCUGCACAACAACAAGCCUCUCCAUCAGCUUGCCUUUCCACACUAUUUCUAUUGGGGGGGUAUACAUGCUCAAUUUCUAUUCGUAUAUGAAUUAAAUUGUGCAGCCUGGAAGAGAGGCUUUACGCGCUCCUGUCAAGGCAAUCCGACAUGAAUUCUGGCAGAUGUUGCAAACCUUUGUAAUGUGGUCUGCCACCUCAUUUUGCCUCAUCCCUUCCAGGCACUGCCACUUGUACUUUCUCUCUCUGCCCACAUGGCUGCUGGUUGAGGUCUGAACAGGCUCUGUUGAGACCUCGGCUCAGCCUCCUGGCAUUUAUCAUUUGCAUCCCCUUUCGACUUUCACCAGGCACUGAGAGGCGGCAGAGAUGCUGAUGUCUGGGACGCUUCACCGUCUCCUCCUGGCCGGAACCUGUCUUUGUGUCUAUAGCACCCCGAUCCGUCUCCAAGUCCAAAACAACACCCCCACACAGGACAGCAACUGUGGUGGACAAUGUGGAUCAACACACACCACAGGGAUAAACUCUAAGUCCUCAGAUACUGACAAGUCUGCCUUUGGCACAUCAGAACAUGUGACUGGUCUCAUAGUGAAUGUAGGUGCAGAGGGUGGGGCUGGCCCAGAUGGACAAAAAACAGGACCUGAGGGGAUAGUUCCAGUGACGCAGGCUGGAAACGGGGACAGCCAUGGUGGAAGAUCUGGGCCGAGUGAGGCUGAUGAAGAGGCGUGGAGUGAGAGGAGUGAGGGAAAGUCAGAGCCUGCUGUCGGGAGCUCAUCUGAGAUGGGAGAGGCUCAAAGGCAGACCAAAGCGGCUUCUGUGCUGUCCGCAGCCUCAGAGAGCGAGCCAGCCGCUGCCGAGGACACAAAGGAGGAUGCGCCUGUCAUCAGUGAGGCCGUGUUGUCUCCUGCCGGUGAGAGACAGCAGCUGGCUGUGGCCGUGAAUACCCCAAGACCAGCCGUGUACGGAUUUUCCGCCUCCUCCGUGGUGCCACCACAGCUAGAGACAUACAGCCUGAGGGUCACAACCUGGGAGCGCAAGGGACUCGACCAGGGGAGGCAAAGAAAUGGCCCAUGGAGCGAGGCGUACGACAAGGCAACUCUGGCCAGCUUUGGGGCCCCUCCUCAGGGCAAAGAGACUGGUAGAAGCAGGCCAUCAUCCACACAACUUCCUCAUCCUUCUGCUUGGUUCCAGAGACUGACAUCCCACAGUAUCUCUCUCCUCAGUCCCAUCUCUCCCUCGUCCUUUCUGUCCCCUCGAACUGCCACGCCUUUGUCAGUGUGGGGCCAGGAGGGAGUGACUGCCUCCACACUCCCAGACCCCCUUCUGCCUGAUAUCGGACCAAACCUCACGCCCAAAGAGGACGGCCCAGAAAACCUCUGGACUGAGGCAGUGAGACAGAAUGGAGCGGACACAGUGCUCCCUCUGUCCCAGGACGAAGCCACAGAGGGCACCAUGUCAUCAGAGGCCCUCCCUCUCAUCUUUGAACCUUUUGAUGAUGCCACGCCGGAGAGCGCAGCAGCGGUGGUCACCCUGGCACCCGGCAGCUCUCAGCCUCUCGCUGCCAUGGCAACUAGGGGGAUGCUUCUCUCAGAGGCGGACCUCAACCAGCUGGUCACCGUGGAGACAGACAGUGACGGUCCCUCGCGGACCCCACCCCUGCUGUUGCCAGACUGGACGUCACCUUGGCAGACAUCCGGUGCCGAGCUGUUAGAGCCAAUCAGCCCGUCGGGUCUGUCUGUUUCCCCGCCCCCGGCCGAAACCGAGCCGGGACUGCUGGAGGAUCGCUCUGAGAAAGCUCCUGACAGGAUACCAAACCUUGAAGCAGCUCUGCCGACUACAGGCCCCUCUGUUUCAUCCAUCCAGCGCUCUGUGACAACGGUAACCAAGGCAACCCACCGACUUGUGUCCAAAUCCAGAUCAGGGUUGGAGGAGAUGGAGUCUGAAGAGGAGCCAGAUGAGGAUGAGGAGGAUGAGAACACAGAGGAAUCGGAGGAAGAGGACAGCGAGGAGGACCUGACGGAAACACCAAAGACAGCCUCAACGCGGCCCCCGUACAGCCUCAUCCCUCCACCUCCUGUUUGGGUUCAGCGCAACCAGGGCCUGAUGCGUAGCUGGGUAGAGCUGAUCAGGGAAAAGGCAGGUUAUGUGUCUGGCAUGUUGGCCCCUGUGGGCAUUGGCAUCACAGGGGCCCUGCUUAUCGUAGGGGCCCUGUACAGCAUCCGGAUGAUUCACCGCAAGAGGAGGAACAGCUUCAAACACCAGAGGAGGAAGGUCAGGCAGCCAGAGCAACCUCGCGAGCCCGGCACCAGCCGUCAGGACCAGGCCAUGCUGCUGGCCGACAGCUCCGAGGACGAGUUCUGAUGAAAACCCCCUGGAGUCCUCUGUCAGUGACCAACGGCUGACGCGCCUCGAAAACGGAGGCUCAGCGAACAUCACCAUCGCUAUGACUACCACAUCUCCAAUCACCCCUGGGCUGUUUGGCUAUGACUCAUCUGAUCCACAGAGUGUGAUUGAGCAGGGCGCAUUUUGCACAGGCUGCACAAAGGUCAGCGUUGUAACCCACCCUCCCCUUCCUCAAGGUAGCAGUGUGAGCACGUCUCUCUCAGUGUUGUCAGGUGACGGUGACUCUAGAGGGCUGGUAAUGGACAAAUGGGCCACAUCAACAACAAUGGUGUCAUUUAAAAAAAAAAAAAAAAAAUGAAUCCUCCUGCCUGAAAAAGCAUCGCCUGUGAAUUGAGGUUUUGGCUUUGUGCAGUUAAGGGGAAUGCGUGGACCAGUGAGUGUUGGUCAUGUAAUAAAAAGGGCUGUAGAAGAUUUCAGACAUUGCAUAAACUGUGUAAAUAUAUGUAUAUGUAGCUGACCGAGGGUCAGUCAUGUUUGUGUAAAUAAGGUUUUUGUCCCCCUUCUCCCACACAUAACAAGUUAACUGGAGCCAGAUUUCCACACAUAGUAGAAGCAGAACAAUGACUAGUUUAGCAUCUAACGCCUCGCUUAAGUGUGAAAUUAGUGAAAGUAUAAAUGUUUUAUCCGGACACGUUUUUAAAAAUCGCUGUGUGAAGAGCACAGAGUGAGCAUCAUCAUCCUGCAACCGCAUGUAGCAUAAACAAGUCAGCAAUUUGAUGUGCAAUACAAAUCUGUAUACUGCCUGAUGUUAUUACUCUUUCUUUUGUCUAAAUGGAAGACUCUUUUUUCUUUUUUUUCUCAAGAGCAUGACAGCUUUCUUGGCUGUAAAAAGAAAAAAAAAAAAAAAAAAAAAAAUUAAUAAAGCUUAGCCUAACUCUGCAGUCAGCAGCUUAUCCAUAUACUGUACAAACCCACUGCCGACAUCAUUCUAAUGAAUUAAGUGAAAUCCAUGUGUUUUUGUCCGCUGGCGUCAGCGAGAAUAGCACAACCAUUGAAGACACUGGGGCAUAAGAUAAUAUUUUCCCAACUUUUUUUUUUUUUUUCUUCUCAUGCUUAGUUUGCACAAUAGUUAUUUUUGUGUGGUAAUCUCUUCCAGACAAGGGCAGAUAAAGCAGAGUCUUGGCCGAACAGUCACACUAUUGAGAAAGGAGCAAUAACUUGAGUUGCACAGUCUGAUCAAGUUUAGGGUAAGAAAUGUCCCGACUUUAUGACUUUAUGAGGGAAAGACCAGAGGCAUCUUGUAACAAAAAAAAAAAAAAAAAAAAAAAACCUCUACUUCAUAAACACAGGAUGCAAGGAUGCAAGAUUUUUCAAGGCACUGAAAUAUGUGGAACGUAAUUCAUUUGAACAGUGUAUGAACCACCACAUUUGUAAUAAUCAUCUUCUUGUUUAAAUAAAACGCUUCAUUUUAUGGGACUUCAUGAGUCAUCUGAUAUGCUUGAUAUACAACCAUACUGCCUGUGCAUAUGCAAUAAUACUGUUUUAGGUAACGUGUGCUGUAAAAUAGUGGACACUUUUGGUCUCUUUCUGUAGAUAUGAAACAAAAUGAAACCACAAAUAAAUGAUUGUUCCCGA